GGGUCGAGAAAGAGAGAGGGGCUCGAUGUAUAAAGACGCUAAACCCACUGGGAGCGCCAAGACUUCCAGUUCAGAAGUGAUCUGAAGACACCUGUAUGUGAGUGAGUGUGUGUCUCUGUGCUCCCACAACAAGGAGGAACCAUGGUCAGCCGAUUUGAGCACCCUGCUGGUGGCUACAAGAAGAUCUUUGAGACAGUUGAGGAGUUAUCAGAGCCUGUCCCUGCAACAGUUACAGGUAGGAUUCCUUCAUUUCUGAAGGGAAGUCUUCUUCGUCUGGGCCCUGGCCUGUUUGAGGUUGGAGAUGAGCCUUUCUACCACCUCUUCGAUGGCCAGGCCCUCAUGCACAAAUUUGACUUCAAAAAUGGCCAAGUCACCUACUUCAACAAGUAUGUUAAAACAGAUGCCUAUGUGCGAGCCAUUACAGAAAAGCGUGUGGUGAUCACUGAAUUUGGCACCUUCGCCUACCCAGAUCCCUGCAAAAACAUCUUCUCCAGGUUUUUCACUUACUUCAAGGGUGUUGAGGUGACAGACAAUUGUCUGGUGAACGUGUACCCCAUUGGUGAAGAUUACUACGCCGUCACAGAAACCAAUUACAUCACUAAAGUCAACACUGACACGCUGGAUACACUGAAGAAGGUGGACUUGUGCAACUACGUCAACAUCAAUGGCGUGACAGCCCACCCACACAUUGAGAGAGACGGAACAGUGUUCAACAUCGGAAACUGCAUGGGGAAAGGAGCAUCUCUGGCCUACAACGUUGUCAGAAUCCCACCCACUCAGAAAGACAAGUCAGACCCCAUUGAAAAGUCCAAGGUUGUGGUGCAGUUCCCCAGUGCCGAGAGGUUCAAGCCCUCCUAUGUGCACAGCUUUGGCAUGUCGGAGAACUACUUUGUCUUUGUGGAGACCCCUGUGAAAAUCAACCUGUUGAAGUUCCUCAGUGCCUGGAGCAUCCGAGGCUCCAACUACAUGGACUGCUUCGAGUCCAACGAGGUUCUCGGGACAUUGUUCCACAUCGCCAGAAAGGACAUUGGAGGAGGACAAGGAGAAUACAUUGACCAUAAGUUCAGGGCCGCUCCCAUCAACCUGUUCCAUCACAUCAACACUUAUGAGGACAAUGGUUUCAUCGUGGCUGAUGUGUGUACAUGGAAAGGAUUUGAGUUUGUGUAUAACUACCUUUGGCUGGCCAACCUGCGCUCCAACUGGGAGGAGGUGAAGAAGGCAGCCAUGAUGGCACCUCAGCCAGAGGUCAGGAGAUACGUCAUCCCACUGGACAUCCACAGGGAGGAGCAGGGAAAGAACCUGAUAUGCCUGCCGUACACCACGGCCACAGCAGUGAUGCGUACUGACGGGACCAUCUGGCUGGAGCCUGAGGUGCUGUUCUCUGGUCCCCGCCAAGCCUUUGAGUUUCCUCAGAUCAACUAUGAGAAGCACGGUGGGAAGAACUACUCAUAUGCCUAUGCCCUGGGCCUCAACCACUUCAUUCCUGACAGGAUCAUCAAGCUGAACGUGAAGACCAAGGAGACCUGGGUGUGGCAGGAGCCGGACUCCUACCCCUCAGAGCCUCUCUUUGUUCAGACCCCCGAUGGCGUGGAUGAGGAUGAUGGAGUUCUGUUGACCGUUGUAGUAUCCCCCGGGGCCCAGAAGUCAGGGUACAUGCUGAUCCUCAACGCCAAGGACAUGUCGGAGAUCGCCAGGGCAGAGGUGGACUGCCCUAUACCCGUCACCUUCCACGGAAUGUACAAGAAAUAACAUUUCAAUAAUCCUGCAGGCACAAAGACUAGUAGUCACCAUUCCAGGGUAUUCAUACUAAGCAUCACAUUUCCCUCAGCAAUAGAACAAAUAAAUAAACAAUGACAAAGUAUAGGCUACAAAUAACUUGGCUUGUUGUGUCAGCAAAAACGAGGCAAGUAUCUGAUCAUCUUCCAUCAUGAUUUAAGUCAUUUAAUUUUCUGCCACCUACGAUUCAGUAUGGUUGGGCGUCCAUUUUGAUGAAAAUGUACCAUUUCGUGGUAUGAAUGGAACCUGCUGGUAUCAGGGCAUAAGUAGGUUUCCUACAAUUAUUUCUCAGUGAGCCCACAGCAUAACAUCAUCAGCGGCCUCUCAGUCACGACACCCUGAUUGGUUAUUACAAUUGUUGUGUCAGUGCUGGAAAUCAAUGAGUUUGUUCAAAGUACCAUGUCUCUUGAGUACUUCAGGGUUGGAAUAAUUAAAAUAUAAUCAAAAUACUGGCCUUUUUAUUGUAUGUCUGUUAUUUUGGGAAAGAAAGUUGAAUGUUGUGUGUAACUAAUAAUUUGACUAUUCAAUAGUGUAUAAAAAAUAAAAAUAAAUCCUAGAUGUA